UCGACCAAACACAAAAAACUCCACACCCAAAGCCGAAUACAUCAGACCCCGACGACACUGCCUUCUCGCUGUCUCCUCUCGUUGACUCCACCGCCGUCGGCGAUUGUGCCUUCUCCGCUCAUCGACUCCGCCGCUGCCGCUGCCGUCGACUCCGCCGCCGCCCUCUUCUUGGCUCUCGCAUUCUAGGGUUUCGCUUCGCAGUAAGAUCUUCGCCCAUCACUCCUCUUUCGAGCCAUCUUCGUCCCCAAUUUGCAGCCAGGGAAUCAAGCUCUGGCGUGCGACUCUCCUCUGUGCCGUGCCAUUACUCUGCUUCACAGAAUCGAGCGCUGCAAGUAGCAUCUUCCUUCUCUCUUUUGUCGCUAGCGGUCCUUGAUGAGUUGGAUCUCCUUCGUCGUUCUUUGUCAUUCUGAUCUUGGCAAACUUUGAACUCCAUCGACGCCACUUUCAAUAUCACGAUUGCUUGCCUUUCAUCCAACUCUAGUGAGCUUUGAUGAGUGGAAGAUUGCCACCUGCCAAAGGAGUCGACGAAUAGAAGAACUUCCUAGAACAGCCUAGCAAACUGAAGGUGACGGAGACCGGUGAGUGGAGGCAACGGACCACUGCCACCAACUGAAGCCAUGGAAACUGAUAACAUAGCUUCAAGUGAACGAUUCUCUCCUGAGAUCCUGGGUUUUAUGCAGCUUGCUAUAGAUCAGGCAAAGCUUGCGUUGGACAGCCUUGAAGUUCCAGUUGGCUGUGUGAUUGUUGAGGAUGGGAACGUUAUUGCGGCAGGAAGAAACCGGACUAAUGAGACACGGAAUGCAACAAGACAUGCAGAGAUGGAAGCUCUUGAUGUUCUUAUUAUACAGUGGCAGAGGACUGGAUUUACAGCUGCAGAAGUUGCGGAGAAGUUUUCAGCAUGCUCCCUUUAUGUGACAUGUGAACCAUGCAUAAUGUGUGCAGCGGCAUUAUCAAUCAUUGGUAUAAAGGAAGUAUACUAUGGCUGUGCAAAUGAUAAAUUUGGAGGCUGUGGCUCAAUACUGUCGUUGCAUUCAAGUAGCUCUGAGGCAGGCAUUAGCAUUGGGACUUGUGGAUCAAAGGGUUUCAAAUGUUGUGGAGGAAUAAUGGCAUCAGAAGCCGUUUCUCUUCUGCGAGAUUUUUAUGAACAAGGAAACCCUAAUGCUCCAAAGCCUCACAGGUCACGGGUUACUCAGGCUUAAAAUUAGAUCUCCGUGCAUUGAUUCUUCCCGUUGAAUCUUCUCAUGCCUUUGCACUACUAGGAUUUCAUCAAGGACCUGAUAAAGAAAGCGUGAACGUCCAGAUCAGUUUUUGCCCCGAUGUUCAUGUGUUUAUUGAGGGUUGCAGCUGUGAUCUUCCAUUUUAUGCUUUAACUUGAUCAUCAUAUUGUAAGAUAAUUUAUGGCAAAAUCCUGUAUAGGCAGAACUUUUUUUAUGCUAAUUUUUGUCAUCAACCUAUCAUGUAAUCAAGCUUGAUUAUUUUUUUAUUUUUUUUAUGAGCUUUCGACCUUUGAGGUAAUUCUAGGCGUUUUA